GGGGACGGACAGGACGGCGGCGGGCGAGGGCACAGGGCGGGAAAAAAAGAGAUGGCGACAGGCGCAGACGUGCGGGACAUCCUGGAGCUGGGCGGCGUGGAGUCGGAGAACACGGGCACCAUCAACAAAAAGGAUAUCAUUAACUCGGAUAAGAAAAAAUCCAAGAAAUCUUCAGAGACAUUGACGUUUAAGAGGCCAGAAGGAAUGCACCGAGAAGUUUAUGCACUCCUCUACUCUGACAAAAAGGAUGCACCUCCACUGCUGCCAAGUGAUACAACUCAGGGUUAUCGAACAGUCAAAGCAAAACUGGGGUCCAAGAAAGUCCGGCCUUGGAAGUGGAUGCCUUUCACCAACCCAGCGAGAAAAGAUGGAGCGAUGUUCUACCACUGGAGGAGGGCAGCAGAGGAAGGGAAGGACUACCCUUUUGCCAGGUUCAAUAAAACAGUGCAGGUACCUGUCUACUCGGAGCAGGAGUACCAGAUGUAUCUCCAUGAUGAUGCGUGGACCAAAGCUGAGACAGACCACCUCUUUGACCUGGCUCGGCGUUUUGAUCUGCGCUUUGUGGUGAUUCAUGACCGUUAUGAUCACCAGCAGUUCAAGAAAAGAUCAGUGGAGGACCUGAAGGAACGGUAUUAUCACAUCUGUGCCAAGCUGGCUAAUAUUCGUGCAGCUCCGGGCACAGACCUGAAAAUCCCAGUCUUCGAUGCUGGCCAUGAGAGGAGAAGGAAGGAACAACUGGAACGGCUGUACAAUAGGACACCAGAGCAGGUGGCAGAAGAAGAAUACCUCAUCCAGGAGCUCCGCAAAAUCGAAACCAGAAAGAAAGAGAGAGAAAAGAGAACCCAAGACCUGCAGAAGCUCAUCACAGCUGCUGACACCACCACUGAGCAGAGACGUGCUGAGCGCAAGGCUCCCAAGAAGAAGCUGCCACAGAAGAAGGAGACAGAGAAGCCUGCUGUUCCCGAGACUGCUGGCAUCAAGUUUCCUGACUUCAAAUCUGCAGGUGUCACGCUGCGAAGCCAGAGGAUGAAACUGCCAAGCUCGGUGGGACAGAAGAAGAUUAAAGCCCUGGAGCAGAUGCUGAUGGAACUCGGAGUAGAUCUCAACCCUAUGCCCACAGAGGAGAUCGUGCAGAUGUUCAACGAGCUGCGGAGCGACCUUGUGCUGCUGUAUGAGCUGAAGCAAGCUUUUGCCAACUGUGAAUAUGAGCUGCAGAUGUUACGGCACCGCUAUGAGGCCCUGGCCAAAGCUGGUAGUAUUGGCCCCCUCAGUGCGGAAGGCGCCCAUCCAGAUGGCCAGGCAGGCCUCGGCAUCGAGGAAGGCAAGGGAGAUGCCAAGGACCAGAUCAUUGAUGUAGUAGGAGCACCACUGACCCCCAACUCGGUGAGAAGGAAGGUUGUGGGGGCAGAACAGGGAGCACUCAGGUCUCCAACGCAGAUGCCCUGA